ACUAUUCUCAGACUGGCGCGCUCUUCAAAAACAGAGAGGAGAAACGCGCGAGGAUAGAGCAGCUGAAACUCCAGUGACGCAGAUUAAAAUUUUUUCUGCCUCAAUUGCAACUUUUAUUGUUUUAUGAAGAAACCUGUCGGUGAACUUUGAAAAUGAUACCAACCUCAACCAGGAAGCGAAAACUGUCCUCUCUGGACUCUGAAAGCAUUAGUCUCCCGGCCAAGAAGCGCUCCAUGAAGCAAGUGUCACCGGUCAAGAAAAGAUCCCCAAGAAAGGGCCUGUUCUCACCAACUGGGGCGACACAAGGAGGACAGCAGUCACCACAGAAGACAGCAGGCUUGUCCCGUAAAUUUCCUGUGAAGCCAUCGGUGGUUACAAGCUCCUUCUACAGCAAGCAGAAAACCGUCUAUCUCAAUCCACUCGAGAGAAAGGCAGUAAAGGAAGCAUUGCCUUCCCGACUCCCUGCUAUUCUCUCUCCACCUCCAUCAACCCAAAAAGCAGAAAAGAAAACGAAGAAAACUGUGAAAAGAGGCAACAAAUCCACAAAUGCGCCAAUUGGGUCUAGUAAGAGGGGGAACAAGGGUACCAAAUUUUCACAAUUACCUAUAAAGAAAAUUAAACUGCCCAAGAGCAAUACCAGUAGUGCUGCAGCUAAACCGACAUCCAGCAGCAGCAGCGCACCUACAAGCAACAACCUGGCAGAUGCAAAGAAGGCAAUCAAGAUGUCUUUUAGCAGCCUGAAGCCCAAGCCAAAGAUCUUUGUCGGAGCUGCUUUCUUUGUUACAGGAAAGAAGCAGCAAUCCAUGUAUAAAAGAUCUGCUCCCAGGUCCUCAGCCAAACCAGCUCCAGUCAAGAGCGAGAGCCAAACUGCACCCCCGCAGCAGAGCAUGGAGAGGUUGAAGCAACUGCAGCAGCAGGUGGAUCAAAAGGUGGUCCAACAAAAGCAAGAGCCAGAAAAGCGACUAGAUGUGGUGGAGAGCGGAUACAGAACCAAGGAGAUGACGAAGUUUGAUCCAUCCGACUGGUUGGAUGCUGUUGACGAGGAGCACGAAGUUCCCCAUCCAUCAGGCUGCCCCAAAGAGUUUGCUGAAAUGUACGGAAUUACAAAACGGCUGAAGAUUGUGCUUUCAAGGACACCCAGUCCAAAAUCUAAGACGUUAUCCUUCAGCACUCAGGAUGAGUUGCUAACAGAAGGUGGUUCUGAGCCACACUUUGACCGGAGUGGAAUAAACCCCACCAAAGCUUCCACCACUCCUUCCAAAGGUUCUGGAACUGUUUACCCCAUAUUUGACUCAUCAAAAAGGUUGAGUGCAGCUCUGCGUCCUCCAGCGUCCUCCAGCACGCCCCUGGUCUCCUCUGGAGCUUCACUCCAGCCGGUUUCAUCUGCAGCAAAAGAGCGACAAGCUCGCAGGAAGAAAGAAAAGCUGGACACAGACCAGCUCAUUAUUGACGCUGGGCAGAAGCAGUUCGGAGCAACGACCUGCAGCUCCUGCGGGAUGGUUUACAGCGCAGACAACCCAGAGGAUAAUUUCCAGCACACGCAGUUCCACCAGCGCUUUCUGGACUCCAUUAAAUAUGUGGGUUGGAAAAAGGAACGGGUGGUGGCCGAGUUCUGGGAUGGUAAAAUUAUCCUGGUCUUACCCGAUGACCCAAAAUAUGCAGUCAAAAAGGCGGAAGAAGUGCGUCGUAUAGCGGACAACGAGUUGGGUUUCCAGCAGGUGACUCUCAGCAGACCGGCGCAGUCUAAGACGUUCCUGUUCAUCAACACAGACCGACUGGUGGUUGGAUGUCUCGUCGCCGAACCCAUAAGACAGGCCUACAGGGUGCUUGAGCAGCCAGAUCACAACAAGGACAUGACAAAGGACGACUUUAUGGAGCGCCACAGGGCCUGGUGCUGCUCCACCGUCCCAGAACAAGCGCUGUGCGGCAUCAGUCGGAUCUGGGUCUUCAGCCUGGCGAGGCGGCAGAGCAUCGCGACCCGUAUGCUGGACACAGUGCGGAGCACAUUCGUGUACGGAAGUUACCUGACCAAGGAGGAAAUCGCCUUCUCUGACCCGACACCCGAUGGGAAGAUGUUUGCCACCAAGUACUGCAACACUCCAACCUUCCUCAUCUACAACUUCGUUGCAUGAGCAACAAAGCAAACGUCUAAUUAAAGGCGCUGCAUUGAUGGGACUGAUGUGUUGGAGUUUGUCACGUGGAAAGAUUGAAAGAUUUUCCGCUGAAUGUUAAAGUUUAUAUGCAAAGCUGUUCAGGUUUUUGUUCUGUAAGGCUUUAGCUUUGUGUGUAAAGUGGUUAAAUCAAGUAGGUUGUCCAUUCAGUAUUUAUAAUGGGGGCCCUUUUCACUGAAUGUUUAAAUCGUCCCUUCACCUGCAGCAGCUAAAACAUGUUUUUUCAGUUUGAUUAAUUUAACUUUGAGGCCAUUUUUUUUUUUUUUUUUUGUUGAGAGUUCAGUUGUACUGACAACCUCCAGCCUUACACGAGACAUGUUCAGGCUAACUUUAGUGUUUAGAUCUUUGCUCCAGUUGGAAGUAUUCUGUGCAAUUUGAAGUCAAUGUUUCAGAAAUAUGGACGCCGUCACUGUUCAGGGACAUGUUGUACAUUUAAUAAACUGUUUUUCCUUUAAAA